AUGGAUUGUGGUGAACUUGAAACAGGAAGUGGAUUGAAUCAAGAUCUUUCUCUUAUAAGAGCCGGAGAUACACAUUGGAGUUCACAUUAUAAAACACUUCUACGUUUGGUUGAUUUGUAUCCAAGUGUAAUCGAGGUGCUUAAAUAUGUAGAAAAAGAAGGAGAAAAAGAUGUGCAACAACGUCAAGCAAGUGGUCUUCAAAUAUAUUUCACAUCAUUUGAGUUUGUAUUCUACUUGCACUUGAUGUUGUAUAUUUUGGGACUCACAGAUGUGUUAUCACAGGCAUUUCAAAGAAAAGAUCAAGAUAUAUUGAAUGCUACCUCAUUAGUGGAGUCAACAAAGCGACAAUUACAAAAUUUUAGAGUUGAUGGGUGGGAUUCUCUUUUGAAGAAGGUAUUUUCUAUUUGUGACAAUAUUGUGGUGGAUAUGCAAAUUGUAGAGUUUAAUGAUCGCUUUAAUGAGGUAAACUCUGAAUUGCUCGUUUGUAUGGCUUAUUUAAAUCCACGUGAUUACUUUGGUGAUUUGGAUUUGUUGAAGUUGAUGAAGUUAACAGAGUUUUAUCCAAAUGAUUUUUGCCCUGCUGACAGGAUUGCUCUUGAGCAUGAAUUGAUGAUUUAUAUUGAUAAUGUGAAAGCAGAUGGGAGAUUUUCCAACUUGAAUGGUAUUAGUGAUCUUGCUAAAGUAUUGGUUGAAACGACAAAAAAUCAUUAA